AUGCGCCCUCCUCUUCUUUUCCGGGAGACGGACGACUCCAAAACACCGCGGACGUCGCUGUCCUCGGGCCCAAACUCGUCUUCAACGUAUCGACAUUUCUUAUCCCGGUCUGCAACGGCUCCACAACAAACCUGUCCCCAGCUCCGCAUCCACGCGCUGACAUUUAAACAACAAAAUGCCGUCAGCCAAUCACAGCGCGGCGCUCCAAAUCCCCCUGUCUUUCUUUUGACAGGGUUCAUUUUCUCCUGUCACCGCGGCGACCAGACAGUGAGGGAUUAUGGGAUGCUGGGAGACAUUGAGAUUGAUGAUGUGGCUCGGUCACCGCUGAUGUAA